AUGCAGACGGAGAAGGGAAUCAAAAAGGCCGAGAAAGCGUUAGCUAGCAAAAAACCUGAACUCGUCACGAUCGAGGCUCAUAUUAUGCAUGCUACAUGGAAGAUGAAUAACACUGAGAAAUUGAAGGAGGAGGUCGUCAAAGACCUCAAGACUCGGCAGGAGAACUUGUUUGAUCGGCUGCGUCGAGAUGCCGACAAGGCUCAAGGCAACUUCACUCGAGAUAUCCUUAUCCGCACCAACGUAGUGAAUAGGAAAUUGGACGCAGAAGUGGACGAGAAGCUUCAGAACGUCUACCAGCAGCUAUUGCAGUCCGGGAUUGACAAGCACGAAUCGGAACGUGAGGCUCGCCUCAAGAAGACGUUGGCUAGCCUGCAGCGGAUCUUCCCAGUGAAACCUAUCAACGACAAGUUCCGCACCUUUGCCAAGGGUGCUUAUUUAGCCGUGGAUGUGGUUCAGUACGAGCCUGCGAUUGAGCGAGCUAUUCAUCACGCUUGUGGGAAUGCUCUUGUUUGCAAAACCAUGGAGGUUGCAAGAUAUGUGUGUUAUGACAAAGGUCAGGAGGUGAAAGCUGUUGCUUUGGUCCUUUGGAAGGCACGAUCAUCCAUAAGAGUGGUUUGA